CCUUUUUUCCUUCUCUCUUUUUUAGAACCGUUUUAGAUGUUUAUACCAUUUUACACGCAUGCUAACAAUUCAUCUGGUGCCAGAGUCACUUUGAAACUUUAGUGCGUCUCCUUUCCAUUCAUGCAGAACGUCCGCCUGGAAAUUAUUUUGCUGCCGUUCGUGCGGAAGUCGUAUGAUGAGUGGGCUCACAGGGAGCAGCUGAGCUGAAGAGAACAACAAACAGAUUAAAGACAGCCCCCAGUUUUUAAAGCUCCUGUCCUUUCUCUUCACUGGGUAUCUGUUUGAGGAUUACACACAGCAAAGAUGGCAUCUGCUUUACAUUUGGUGUUCCUCCUGGGCUCCGUCAUCGGCCUCCUGACUGUAGAAGCUGCGCCUUAUCCAGCUGAAACCCUCAGGGAGGCAGCUGCUGUCUGUCCUGCUCCUUGUCCUCCUGGUUGGACACAGUUUGGCUCUCGUUGCUUCAUUUUCUACUACCAGUCCAGUACAUGGACUGAUGCAGAGAAAUUCUGCAUUUCUAUUGGUGGGAAUCUGGCCUCGAUCCACAACGCAGAUGAAAACAUCUUUGUCAGUGAGCUCGUGGAGAGAGUGACCGGCAGUAGUCGUGACACCUGGAUUGGAGGCUACGAUGCAGUCACUGAGAACACGUGGCUGUGGAGCGACGGCUCAAGCCUAGAGUUUGUAAACUGGUAUUACAACCAGCCAGACAAUGGUCACAAUUCAAGAAAUCAGCACUGCAUGGAAAUCAACUAUGCAGGACAACACUGGAAUGACAUGCCAUGCAGCACAAGGAUGCCUUUCAUUUUCGGAGCAUUCAAAACAGUCCUAGAGUGCCUCCAUCGCCCUCUCAGUCCACACCCUCAUCUGUUUCACUCCAAGUUUUGCUCUAAUAAGCAAGGGCCUAUGGCAUCUGCUUUACAUUUGGUGUUCCUCCUGGGCUCCGUCAUCGGCCUCCUGACUGUAGAAGCUGCGCCUUAUCCAGGUGAAACCCCCAGGGAGGCAGCUGCUGUAUGUCCCGCUCGUUGUCCUUCUGGUUGGACACAGUUUGGCUCUCGUUGCUUCAUUUUCUACUACCAGUCCAGGACAUGGAGUGAUGCAGAGAAAUUCUGCAUUUCUAUUGGCGGGAAUCUGGCCUCGAUCCACAGCAUAGAAGAAAACAACUUCGUGAGUGAGCUCGUGCACAGAGUGACUGGCGGUAGUCGUGACACCUGGAUUGGAGGCUACGAUGCAGUCACUGAGAACACAUGGCUGUGGAGCGACGGCUCAAGUCUAGAGUUUGUAAACUGGUAUCAGGACCAGCCAGACAAUGGUCACAAUUCAAGAAAUCAGCACUGCAUGGAAAUCAACUAUGCAGGAGAGUACUGGAAUGACAUGCCAUGCAGCACAAGGAUGCCUUGUGUUUGUUCCAUGAACCUCUGAAGCAUCUGUUGCAACGAAUCACUUCAGAU